UAUUGCAGCAUUAUUUACAAUAGUCAAGACAUGGAAACAACCUAAGUGUCUGUUGAAGGAUGACUCAAUAACUAGAGUGUGGAAUAUAUGUGCGCACAUGCAUGUGUGUGUGCACACUCGCGCACAAUGGAAAAUUAUUCAGCCAUAAAAAGGAAUGAAAUCUUGGUGGGAACUUAUUCCUUUCUUGCUCCAGCCAUCUUGGCAGCUGCUCUUGGUUGGGUCCAUCCCACACCUAAGGCAGGAAGAUGGUGGCCACUAGGAAGACAAAAAAGUCACUGGAGUUGAUCAACUCUAGGCAGCCACUCAUUACAAAAAGUGGAAAGCACAUGCUGGGAUUCAAGCAGACUCUGAAAAUGAUCAGACAUGGCAAAGUGAAACUGGUCAUCCUUGCCAACUACUGCCCAUCCUUGAGGAAAUUUGAAAUAGAAUACUAUGCCAUGUUGGCCAAAACUAGUGUCCAUCACUACAGGGGCAAUAACACUGAAUCGGGCACAGCACGUGGGAAAUACUACAGAGUGUGCACUCCAGCUAUCACUGAUCCAUAUGAUUCUGAUAUCUCAUUAGAAGCAUGUCAUAACUGACUGGUGAAAAGUAAAUCAUGCAAAAUUUUUCUU